GCUCCUCUCACGAACCGUGGCAAACCUCUGCAUCGUCGAGGCGGUGUGGAUCUCGUGUUCUUUGUCUUCCCAGUAAGGCUAGCUCUCAGGUAUCGCAGGUUGACACCACCGCGCAUUCCCCGCCUUCCGAUGGGCCAUGGUUGAUGCCUCCCACGCCACCCGCUGCAAUGGAGUUCCCCAGCGGCAGAAAGCGAUCAUGUGGUAACGUCCAAGUCAAUCGUGAGGUCACUGUUAAAAGAGCUCGAAGGACACCUUGCAACGAGAUUUCUCUCACGGACAAGCAGCAAUUGAUCAUUGAACUCGCUGCGAAGACAUUUCAGAUCUCUCCAGACGGUCUUCUUGAUGCUAUCAAUGAUCUAAAGGCGUCCUCCCGUCUUCGUGCCCCAGACUCCUCGAGCCAUAGACAACCGAGCAUGCCUUUGACCAUGGAAGAGGAGCUAUUCGAGUCGGCUGGACCCUCGCUUACACAAUCUUCCUCGGAAGGAUCACCACCGGUAGACAAUCUCACCCCAGCCCAAACCCAGGGUCAUCAAAUUGGAGCCGCGAGUGGCAUGAGGCCCACCUCUGCCAAGCGAGAUCCUCUUUUUGGAUUUCAACUCGAACAUGGUCCUUGGAGGGACUGCUUUGCGAGCCUGUUUCCGUUCGAGCAACAGAGACCGGAUAUCUCCGGUGGAGCAAGUCAAAGUGGGUGCUCCUUGUCAAUACCAAUAUCCUGAUUCGAGCGGUUCUGCUGAUGCCUCUUCCCUCUUGUUGCAGGAGCUCUUCCGGAGAAAUAUUCAGGCCCUUAUGGUUCCGGCCAAGAUGUUUGGAAUUUCCCGGAAACAAGCAACACGUGGUG